AUGUAUUGUCAACUUUCUGCUGGAAAGAGGGACUCCCAGGGUCUCAAUACAGAAGUUACAUGUAUCAUUGCUGAUGCUUUUGUUGUUCCUUCUCUUUUUGUAGCUCAGAAACUCAAUGUUCCGUGGAUUCCAGUUUGGCCUCCUUUAUCAUGCUCUCUCUCAGCACAUUUCUACACUCAUUUCAUACGUCGAAAAUGUGCUGAAAAUAAUGCUAAAGAUAUAUCUUUGGAUUUUCUUCCAGGUUUAUCUAAGAUGAGAGUUGAAGAUUUGCCUGAUGAUGUAAUUAACGGCGGUGAAGGGGAGUCGCUAUUCUCGAAAACACUUGCUUCUUAUAGUGAAGUGUUUCCUGAAGCUAAAGUAGUGGUUAUGAAUUUCUUUGAGGAGUUAGAUCCACCUUUGUUUGUUGAGGAUAUGAGAUCAAAGUUGCAGAAUAUGCUUUAUGUUGGUUUUCUCACUCUUUCAAUUCCUCUACUGCCUUUGCCACCUUCCGAGAAUGAUGAAACUGGUUGUUUAUCAUGGUUGGACAAACAGAAGAGUACACCAGUAGUUUAUGUUAGCUUUGGAACUACAGUGACACCACCUCCACAUGAGCUUGUUGCAUUGGCAGAAGCAUUGGAAGAAAGUGGAUUUCCAAUUCUUUGGUCACUUAAGGAUCAUUUGAAGGGAGUUGAGAGGACUAGUGAUUAUGGGAAAAUUGUUCCUUGGGUGCCUCAAACUCAAGUUUUGCACAGGCUUUAUAAUUUUCCUGGCUUCGCCACUGGUUGUAGGUAUAUGAUAUCAUUACUUAACCUAGAAGAAAGUAUGUGCACUAAGUGA